GAGCAGCACAGGCGCUGGCUCUAGGCUGGUGGAGCCCUGCCAGGCCCCCCGCCCCGGGUUGAAGGAGUUUUCAUCCUAUCCAGGGUUCACAGUUUGGUUCAAUGGCUCUCAGUGCCCCCCCCACACACACACACACUAUACAGAUUGUUUCAGCCUCCCUGCCUGGGACUAUUAGCCGGGGAUAAGAACGGGGAACAGCCAGUGGGGUGUGAAACUAGGGCUGGGAGGCAAGCCCCCCCUAGCCCCUGAGCAUCCCCAACAACCCCCCAACCCACUGAGCAUGUGGUCCCAGCCUCCCUGGCCUUGGAGCCCAGGGAGGGCGCACGGCUUCAGCCUUAUUCCUGGGGGCAGCCUAAGGACAAGCCUGACCCGCUCUCCACAGGGGCCCUGCACCCUACCUCCACUGUCAGCUGUGACUCUCAGCCAGCUUGGAAAACAGAAGUUUUAUUGGUUGCUGGGAACACAGCAUAGAACAGAGCUUGUUAGCGCAGAAAUCAGGAGCAUUCAGCAAAGUCCAUCUGUGGGUGGAAUCCAGAGUCCCAAGCCCUGAGCUCUCCCGGCUGAGGAAUCACAUCCACGUUUCGUUCCAGAUCGUCCUGUCUUCCAGGAGACAGGGCAGGGAAAUGGCCAUGAUGGAGCCGGCUCAGGAUUCCCCAUUCCCAAACCUGACCUGAUCGCCCGGCUGGAACAAGGGGAAGAGCCGUGGGUCCCAGAUAUCCAGGCCUCCGAAGAAAGGAAGAGCCCAAGAGGCACCCACAAAGCAGGUGAUAGGACGGUGAGUGAGAACGAGGAGAAUCAGCAGGAGGAAGGUCCUGGGAAAGUGGUAUCACAGGAGAUGGUUUUCAGAAAAGCUGAAGGGAAUUUUUCCCAGUGCUUGGAACAGGGAAAUGCCUGGAGAGAUCGACACAGAUCAGAGAUGCAGCUGGGAAACCAUCUCAGGAAGAAACUGGAUGAAUCCAUUCAAGGUGGCAGAGGAUGGAAGGAUCCCAAGGAAACCGUAGUCCAGCAGACAAGUCACAAUGAAGAGAAACCUUACAAAUGCCUUGACUGUGGGAAAAGUUUCUGUUUCAGUGCAAACCUUCUUAAACAUUGGCGAACCCACACAGGAGAGAAGUCCUACGAAUGCUUGGACUGUGGGAAAAGCUUCAGCGAGAAGUCAAACUUUAUUAUACAUCGGAGAUUGCACACAGGAGAGAGACCGUAUAAAUACCUGGAGUUUGGGAGAAGUUUUAGUCAGAGGUCACUCCUUCUUGCACAUCAGAGACUGCACACAGGAGAGAGACCCUAUAGAUGCCUUGAGUGUGGGAAAAGUUUCAGUUUGAAAUCAACCCUUAAUAGACAUCGGAAAACACACACGGGAGAGAAACCGCAUAAAUGCCUGGACUGUGGGAAAACUUUCAGUCAGCGCUCAAACCUUACUAAACAUAGGGGAAUCCACACAGCAGAAAGACCAUAUAAAUGCUUGGAUUGUGGGAAAACAUUCGGUCAAAGCUCAUACCUUAUUAAACAUCAGAGAAUCCACACAGGAGAGAGACCAUAUAAAUGCCUUGAGUGUGGGAAAAAUUUCAUUCGUCACUCAAACCUCACUAAACAUAGGAGAAUCCACACUGGCGACAAACCCUAUGAAUGCAAUGACUGUGGGAAAAGUUUCAUUGAGAGAACAAAACUUACUAGACAUCAGGCAAUCCAUACAGGAGAGAAACCCCAUAAAUGCUUGGACUGUGGGAAAACUUUCAGUCAGAAGUCCCAACUUCUUAUACACGGGAGACUGCACACAGGAGAGAGACCUUAUAAAUGCCUUGAGUGUGGGAGAAGUUUUAGUCAGAGCUCAAAUCUUAUUACACAUCAGCGAACCCACACGGGAGAGAGACCUAAUAUAUGCCUUGAAUGUGGGAAAAGGUUUAAGCACAGUUCAUCCCUAAUUAAUCAUAGGAGAAUCCACACGGGAGAGAGACCCUAUAAAUGCCUUGAGUGUGGGAAAAGUUUUAUGGAAAGUUCAUCCCUUACUAAACAUGGGAGAAUCCACACGGGAGAGAGACCGCAUAAAUGCCUCGAGUGUGGGAAAGGUUUUAUAGAAAGUUCAUCCCUUACUAAACAUGGGAGAAUCCACACAGGAGAAAGACCCUAUAAAUGUCUUGAGUGUGGGAAAAGUUUCAGUUUGAAAUCAACCCUUAAUUCACAUCAAAAAACCCAUGCAGAAGAGAAACCCCAUAAAUGCCUGGACUGUGGGAACACUUUUGCUAGGCGCUCAUCCCUUAUUAAACAUGAAAGAAUCCACAUGGGGGAGAGACCUUAUAAAUGCUUUGACUGUGGGAAAAGCUUCAGUAAGAGCUCAGAGCUCACCAAACAUCAGAGAAUCCACAAGGGUGAGAGAACCUAGAAAUCGCUUGACCGCAGGAAAAGAUUCAAGUUGACUUCACACAUCACUGACCACCCAAUAGAAUCUGGGGGAAGCGUCAUUUGGUGCUCCCGGAGUAUCAGGCACCUGCCAAUCCACAUAGGAAAGAAAUCUCUGAGAUGUUCUCAGUGUGGAAAAUGCUUCAAGUGGAGCUAACGCCAUGAUGGACAUCAGAGACUCCUCCACACAGCAGGGAAAUUCUCUCAGGGCCCUGACUAGGGCUAGUCAUGGUGACGAACCCAUUUCCUCGUUCCCACCCACAUCAGGGGCAUUUGGCUCCCAAGGAUCCAUAGACUCAUAGACUCAUAGGUCAGAAGGGACCAAUCUGAUCAUCUAGUCUGACCUCCUGCACAAGGCUGGC